UGAGGUCCACGGUAACGCGAAGGAAAAUCACCGUCUAGUCGUAAUGGAAAGCAAAGCCUUAAUCUAAAUUGUUCUUCCAUUAAUGGAUAAUUUUCGCAUUUGUAAGCGUAAAGCGCAUAAAUACAACCAUCUGCUGUUCAUUUAUAACAUCCCAAUUAUUCAAUGCUUGUAUUUGCGUAGUUAUUUAUGAGUAUCUUUUGCAUGAUUAAAGUUUUUGGUUAGCUUAAAUAUGUAUGUGCAUCUUUUGUAUGUUUCAAGUUUUUGAGUAUUAAUAUGUAAUGAUAACGUUACAUUUCUGAUGUGUUUUGCUCAGUUUUUGUUGCACCGAGAAUACUCCUAAAAACGAUUUAAAAAACGAAUCUGCUGCCGAUGCGAUAUACAAGACAGUGAGCAUGCGUUCACGGAGGAGUACAGCGCAUGCGCACAGUACACUGUUGCCGUCAAUUUCUGACGGUUUAAAACCUAAGCGGCAGCGCUUCCUGUUUGAAGAGGUUUGGGUCGAACCCUUGAAGUUUUGAUUCAUGACAUGUGAAUGUAGCUGUUCUGCUCUGUCGACCUUUUAGCAUUUUUUCACCGUAAGAUGCAUGUGAAAAGGAAUGCUCAGAGUUAUUAUUUUGUAACCCACAUCGGACAGAUACUACACUGUUCCCUUCAGUAAGGAAAAGGCAAAGCAGCGCGAUAACCGGUUCUCUGCGCUCUUGUAGGCCCAUUUACGGUCCAGAAUCUGCGAAAGAGCUCAGUCCUUAAUGUGCAGGUCACUGCUUGGAAGUUACUACAGCAUAACGUUUAUCUGGAUUUGCUUUCUCUGCCUUGUUUCUUUUGGGUAACUUUCAUGUCCACUGACAGGUCAGAAAUAACAGCCAGAGUCCAGGUGUUUGCUGACAUUGCCCAGAAAGUAUGUCCAUUGUGACUGUGCAGCUUGGUCAGUGUGGUAACCAAAUUGGCCAAGAGCUGUUCGAUGUUAUUGGCAAAGACUGUCACAAUGCACAAGGACAGAGCAACAAGAAAGAAACUGAAGCCUACAGAGCUUGUUCACAAGAGAGAUUCUUCAGUGAGGACAAUGGGAAAGAUGCACCUUCAGCACGGGCAGUUCUUGUUGACAUGGAACCUAAAGUCAUCAGUCAAGCCAUUGCCACAGCUGCAAAGUCUGGCAUUUGGAGAUACGGGGAAGAGUCUUUCUUUUGCCAGAAACAAGGAUCUGGGAACAACUGGGCUAAUGGUUUCUGUGUGCAUGGCCCACGACAUGAGAGAGACAUCAUGAACCUGGUUAGGAGGCAGGUGGAGAAAUGUGACCGACUGAGUGGAUUCUUCACAAUGAUGAGCCUGGCGGGAGGGACAGGCUCAGGACUGGGAACAUACAUGACACAAUGCCUGCGAGACACCUAUCCUCACUCUUUCAUUCUCAAUCAAGUCACGUGGCCAUAUGGAACUGGAGAAGUAAUUGUUCAAAAUUACAACUCUGUUUUAACCCUGUCUCAUCUGUACCAGUCUUCUGAUGCCAUUCUCGUGCAUGAAAAUGAUACUGUCCACAAGAUCUGUGCACAGCUUAUGAACAUUAAACAGAUUUCAUUUAAGGAUGUCAAUAAAGUGAUUGCCCAUCAGCUAGGGAGUGUGCUGCAGCCAGUUUGUACGAGUGAUGGGACUGCCGAAUACAAAAGAAACCCACUAGGUGACCUGAUGGAAAAUAUGGUUUGUCAUCCAGAGUUCAAACUACUGGGACUCCGAAAUAUCCCACAGAUGUCUGAUACCGCUCUUGCCUAUAGUGCUUUUACCUGGCCAGGUCUACUGAAACACUUGAGGCAAAUGUUGAUUGCUCAUGCUAAAAUGGAAGAAGGUAUUGACUGGCAGGUUCGUCCUCCUUUGCCUGGAUUGACUGCAGUUGAGACGUUGACUGGCAAAAAAGAGUCUCGUUUUAACACAUCUUUGUCAAAUCUGCUUAUCCUUAGAGGCAAAGAUGUACAGUCGGCAGAUCAAGGAGCAUUUGCAGAUCCAGCUCUUUAUACAUCUUGGAGACCACCAGGUUCCAGCAUCACUACUUGGAGAACACCAAUAGCCUUUAACAGAUAUGAGAAGUUGGCCACUCUUGUCAGUAACAGCCAGCUGUUACUGAAGCCACUGGACAGCAUAGUGGGAAGAGCAUGGAACAUGUUUGCUUCAAGAGCCUAUGUUCACCAGUACAUAAAAUAUGGCAUCUCAGAAGGAGACUUCCUGGACAGCUUCACUGCCUUGGAGCAGGUCAUCUCCAGCUAUUCAAACCUGUGAUCAAGUUCCAUGUCACGGAGGAGCUUGAGUGUGCAGCCUGAUCUGAGAACCUCUGGAUUUUAAUCUCUAGAUGCAUUUUUGACUGAUAAUAAUUAGAUACAACACGGUAAGCAGUUCGGCAGUGCAGGAGCUCAUCUUCUGUUCAGCUCAGAGGUUUUGAGUGUGCUGCCUGUUAAUGGGAACUUUGAUUAGCUGGGAAAAGUAAGGUACAUUAAUGAAAUUUACUUCAUCAAGCAUCCCACCACAACCAGUUCUAAAGUAUCUUGCCUCAUUUACAAGCUGUUCACCAAAGAUGGAUGAACCAAAACGAUGUAGGAAAUGAUACAGAGGCAAAGCAGUAGCUGAUGCCAUAAUAUCAGAUCAUUUAGAAAAGAAAAAAAAAAGUGCACUUUUCUUCCCAUUUUAUAGUUUCUUUAUACUUUAUGAAGGCAGGCAGUGAGUGGUACGGUGGUUAAGGCUUUGGACUUCAAACCCUGAAGAGGUGGGUUCAUAUCCCACCACUGACACUGUGUGACUUGACCUG